GGGCGCUUCGGGCCGAGGGGGCUGAAGCAGCUGGGCGGAAAAAAGGGGAGGGGAGCAAGGCGGUUGUUAUGCUGCCGCUGCCGCUGCCUGUGGCGGAGACGGGGCGAGCGGGCUGCGGCUGCUGACGGGCACGGGCGGUCGAGCCUGGGGGGCAUCGGCGCGGCGUGGGGGGAAGCUUCGAGCGGCAUCGGCGAGGGGCGCCCCGCGACAUGUCCAUGGAGGACCCCUUCUUUGUGGUGAAAGGGGAAGUUCAGAAGGCAGUGAACACUGCUCAGGGGCUGUUCCAGAGAUGGACAGAGCUCCUGCAAGAUCCAUCCACAGCUACAAGAGAAGAAAUUGACUGGACCACUAAUGAACUGAGGAACAAUCUAAGGAGCAUUGAGUGGGAUCUUGAAGACUUAGAUGAAACUAUUAGCAUUGUUGAAGCAAACCCUCGGAAAUUCAACCUUGAUGCAACAGAGCUGGGUGUAAGAAAAGCCUUCAUCACAAGCACACGGCAGGAUAUGAAGGAUCAAAUGUCAAAUACUUCUGUUCAAGCAUUGGCUGAAAGGAGAAACAGGCAGGUACUUCUGGGAGAAAGUGGAACUCAUAGCUGGAGUUCUGGGGCUGACAAAUAUGGCCGCUUGGAUCGAGAAAUGCAGUCGGCAAAUUCCCACUUCAUUGAGGAGCAGCAGGCGCAGCAGCAGUUUAUCGUGGAACAGCAGGAUGAGCAGUUAGAGCUGGUCUCUGGCAGCAUUGGUGUAUUAAAGAGCAUGUCUCAGCGCAUUGGAGGAGAGCUGGAUGAACAAGCAGUCAUGUUGGAUGACUUUUCUCAUGAGCUGGACAGCACCCAGUCACGACUAGAUAAUGUUAUGAAGAAGCUUGCAAAAGUGUCCCAUAUGACCAGUGAUCGGCGACAAUGGUGUGCAAUUAUCAUUCUCUUUGUUAUCCUGCUGGUGGUGCUUUCCCUGUUUUUUGUGCUGUGACAGACUGGAACUCCAAUACUUUUCCUAGCUUCCUCCUUGAUGAAAUCUCAGAUACUGUUUCUGCCCAGAGAGAAUUCCCAUCAUAGAAAUAUCAUUGUCUUCUGGAUGCUGGUGACAUGACUUGCUCACUCUCACUCCCUUUCUCAUGGCUCUUCUGCUUAUAAUCCUCAUCAACUUGCCUGAGGGGAAAAAAUGGAAGACUAACAAAUGCCCAAACUCUGCUGUCACUAGAAGCAAAGCUUUUGGGUGGGUUUGGGACAUUGCUGUUUACUCUGUACGAGAGGUGGUUUGGAGUGAAAGAAACCAAUAUCUAGUCCCAUCUUAAUCCUGUGCAGGUAUGAACAAUUUUCAGGAAGCACUCCAGACUCCUUCCUUCUGCUUGUUAAAAUAGGAUUAUUGGCAAGGUUAAACCAGCACAUAGACACAUGCAUACAUGCAAACACAUCUUGCAGGAAAGUAUUCCAUUGCCUGCAGGAUUCACUUUACAGGCCAGCUGUGCUGCACCGCCCUGCAAAUAAUCAUGGAUCCUUAAAAGGGGGGAAAGGGGCAGCAAAUGCAUUAACUAAAUUCACACUGCAGAUAUUUUCAGUUCUCUCCAGAACAGGAGAGUGCAGUUUACUGUGAAGAGGAAAUAGCUGUGUUCCCCGCUGUGGAAAUGCUGAAUUGCGUAGAAGAAAUUCCGCUUGAGCCUUUAAAAAGUUAUUGAAGGCAGGUUGGAAGGGGGAGAUUUUUGGCCCCCUGAGUGUUGAAACAAAGGUGAGUCUUGGCACAUAUUGAAAUCAGGCCAUUGCAAACACAGCCACAGCAAAUCCUGUUACUCUAAGAGUAUUGAUCUCUGCUUUUCAUUCAGUGAGGCAGACCUGGCUCUAGCAGGCUAGAAUGAACCUUGAGCAAAACCUACUGUAGGAGUCUGAACUGUAACCAGACUGCAGUCCUACCCCAGGCAGCUGUAGUUCGACUCCGGUUUUCAGAGCUUUAACCUCAGUUUUACUGCACUGCAAAAUGGGAAGCUGGUAAGCAUACUGUAGCUAAAAUCUUGCCUGUAUUUUUUGUGUAUGAGAAAUAUUUUUGGCUUUGAAAGUAAGCCUUCUGAAAGGAGAAACUUAGCUGGAGGGGUUCCAUUCCUUCUAGUUCCUGCUGCUUUUUAUUAACAGCUGCCUCUGUUUGAUGACUGACUUGGGCAGAUCUAACAUUUAAUAACAGUUAAGGGAGAAAAAUUGGUUCUGCUUAGAUGGGACCUCAUUCUGUCCUGUGAUACAUUUCUUUUUUUAAACAAAUCUCUUAAUAUGUGAUUAAUUUCAACAAUGUUGUCUUUGCUAAAGUGACUUUUUGUGGAGAUGUCUGGAACCUAGAGCAGAGGUUCCCAAAUGUUUAUGACAGAUUUGUUUGGGGGGGGGGUGUCAUCCUCACUGUUUACUCCCUAGGAGGAAACCCUGAUUUUUCCGCACCCUACUGGGUGUAGCCUGCUUGCACAGCUGGGAUCAAUUUAGGCCCCCUGCUUGCAUCCCUUGUUGAAGCUGCUGGUUGACAGGCAUGUGAAGGUGCCAGACAGCUGCGGUUUUCUCCCACGCACAUAUCUUUUCCAUCCCCCUCCCCUUCUCACUCUGGGCCUUUGUCCUGGGCUAGCCCUAGCCUAGGGGCCCCUGAACUCUCUUCAGUUCUGACUUGUUUACACAUUCAGGAAGGGAAUCAAAAGCUGAAGGAGUUAAACCUCAGCAAAGCCAAAACAUGCUGCCUUGCCCGUUUUUCAACUAGAAAAGUGAUCAGGUAAAAAACCCCAGUGGAAUAGUUAAGCUCUGUUGAGGGGAGCUUAACACUUCGCUAGAGAGAAAACGUGAUGUAUCAAUGACCUGAGAUAGGCAAGAAGGGUGGCUGGCGGAAGCAUUUCUUCUUUUGUAUAGAUAAGCAUAGGUAGGUUCCUUGAGAGCUUAUUGGGGUUCUUCCAGGAACAGAUCAUUCAUAAAUGACAAGCUUGAAUGAAACACUACCAGUCUCCCCCUGCUAUGAACAGCCACAGGAGAGCAGGGGGGGGGCUAGUCAAAGGCAUUAUUUUAGUUCAUGCUGGUAGCCGUAAAGUUCAUCAGCUAAUGCUCUAUAUGUCCUGAGUACAUGCCCUUGAAGCUUCUGCAAUAUGCUGGAGUUCCCUGGGAUGUGUAUAGGAGUCCAUAUGAACAUAGGAAGCUGCCUUAUACUGAGUCAGACCAUUGGUCCACCUAGCCUGGUACUGUUGACACUGACUGUCGGUGGCUCUCCAGGGUUUCAGACAAGGGGUCUCCCAGCUGUACCUGGAGAUGUUGGGGGUUGAACUUGGGACCUUCUGCGUGCAAAGGAGAUGCUCUAAAAGCAGAUGCUGUACCACUGAGCUAUGGCCUUUCCCCUAGGUCAGCCUUUCCCAACUAGCGGGCCACCAGAUGUUGUUGGACCACAACUCCCAUCAGCCUCAGCCAGCAUUGCCGAUGGUCAGGAAAGAUGGGAAUUGAAUUGAAUUAAAACUUUAUUUUUACCCCGCCCUUUUUCCAAACUGGAACUCAGGGUGGCUUACAAAUAGAACUACAUGUAGUUAAAAACAUAGAAAAACAUAUGAUUAAAUUAUAAUUAAACUAUGCACAACCUUAAAACCAUGAAAGGCACUUAAAAAUCUAAAAACAAUUUAAAAUAAUACAAAUAAUAAUAUAAAUAAAACAAGCCUUGUAAAGCCCAAUCCUAAACACCUAUCCCAAAAGCCUGUCGGAAUAAAAAAGUCUUUACUUGCUGACGGAAGGAUGGCAAGGAGGGGGCCAUUCGUACCUCCCUAGGAAGGGAGUUCCAGAACCUAGGAGCAGCCACUGAGAAGGCCCUAUCUCGCGUCCCCACCAAUCGCACUUGCGAGGGUGUUGGGACUGAAAGAAGGGCCUCUCCUGAAGAUCUCAGGGUCCGGGCAGGCUCAUAUAGGGAGAUACAGUCUGACAAAUUGCGGUCCAACAACAUCUGGUGGCCCACUAGUUGGGAAAGGCUGCCCUAGGUGUUACUAGAAGGUAGAAAGUCUGGAAACUCCUCCUUCAUGGUAUAAACAAGCUUCUCCCUCCACAUCUCAUUCCAUACAAGAUGGACAGGUCAGGCACCUCACUCCCAUCUUGCAGAAAAUGUACUUUGUGUAUUUCACUGUUAAACACAAAAUGUUGAAAGCCUAACAGUUCUUUCCGCUCUUUGGCACUAAAGCCUAAACGUAUGUAGGUAUCCUUUACUUGCAGAUGGAGAUAGAGCUUCAGCCUUUAGGUAUAAAGCCUGUUCAGCAGUGCGAAUUGUGCCUACUUCAAGUAUUUUAACACUUUACAGGAUAGAUCCUCUUUUAAGUUUAUUUUUAACCUUUCUGGAGCUUUUUUGUAAUGCUCUAAGCUCUUACCUUUUCACUGGACUGCCUAGACUGCAUCUCCUUUAUAAGAGUGUUAAUACUGUAAUGCUCUCUAAGUGAGUUAUGUAGUGUCCCCUUUUAAAUGAGGCUUGUAAUAUAUAUAUAUCUACUUCCCAAAGCGGGUAAGUAUUCAACCAACAAAAGUCUGUGCGGCUCUGAAUGUAUCCCUUUGAAUGGUUGAUUUCUCAUUACUGCUGCAACAAAGGAGGCUUUUGUAUAUGUGGACAACUCUGGUGUGGCUGCCCUUUCAGAAUAAGCAAAGCUUUUGUUUUGAACUAAAUUCCAAGAAACAACUAAUUUUAGACAUGAGGUUAGAAGUCUUUUGAGACUUGCUUUCACAAACAAAAAGGUGCCUCUUUUUCCCCACUGCCACGACCCCUGCAGAGGAAGGAAAAAGCUUUAUUGCUCCAGGUGUUUCCAGCACCGAUCACAAGAGUUGAUCAUCCGCUCUGAAAGAUGACAGUGUAUCCUGACCCAUCCCCCUUCCACAAUUUUAUUUCAUUUUAAUUUCCUACUUGGUUUUGUAUGUGCCUUAUUGAGCUAAACAAUGCAUUUCUAAAGGGAUGAAUCCUGUAAAAUUAUUAAACAGAAUGUUUUAGAAAGGAGACAUCUGUGUAAAAAUUGUGCACCAAGACACUCAUAUAUGACUAGUGAUAAGCGUUACUGGGCCAUGAGAGAGAAUGAAAUCAUUCCAGGCUCUUGUGAGGGUGUGGGCCUGCCUCCUUCUCAUCACCCUCCCCCUGGGGUCAGAAGAUCUUGCUGGAUCUCUACCUAGGAAGUGAUUGGAUCAUUCAAAUCACACUUCCUACAGAGACAUCCUUCCAUUAUUUUAAGGUGCAUGAGUGACCUCCAGCUUCAGUUCAGAAGAAGUGUACUGCAGCUCUUCCCAUUUUGGAAACAGAUGAAGCCCUAGGCUCCUGUCAUGUGGUGUUCCUUAGGGACAAGUAGGUACAUUCCAGGCAGUUUGAAAAACUGCAUUCACUUGGGCUUUCCUGACAUGCUCAGGCAGAGUCAGUAUGCUAUGUGCAACAACAAGCAGUGCUGGAUGGACAGCUGCCUCCUUGGUGUUUCCCCCCCCCCUUUUCUGAUGCUGUCAUCUUUAUUCAGAUCAAACACUGCUCCAUUGUUCCCUGACUUUACACGUAUCAAGGAACUCCAGCAGCCCUAGGCCUAUAUGCUAAUAGCAAACAGUGGGCAGCAGCUGCUAGUCCUAGCGGUUGGGGGAGGUUGGCAGCUCUGGCUCGCCUCCCCCAAAACAGUAGAACAAACAUACUGACAGCCGUCCUGAAGUGGGUCCACGGUCCUCUUAGAAGGUGAAACACAGAGAAACACAGAGAACGCUGCUUAAGCCAAAAUCCCUCCUUUCCGUUCCCUUCUGCUAGUCUUGGUUAAUAUUCUACGGUUGCGUCUUCAUCAAGGCUUUUGAAACGGCACCAGGAAAGAGCACAGGUAAAUCUGUCCUCAACUGGGCUCAGUGAAAAUUGACCAGAUGUCAAGAACAGCUGGGGAGGGAGAGGGCAAGGAAGAGACUGAUUUCCUUUCUCCUGCCAGGCUGUAGUCUAGGUGUAGCUCCGUGGGAAUGGUAUCGGAGAAGGCAGCACAGAGGCAAGGAGCUUGUGGCACUUCUAAGGAGGAUAGGGAGAUGCCAUGGAGAAAAGGCUUCUUCGUGUACUUUCCAGGGUUAUAUAGAAGAGGGAAUAUUGGCAAGUGCAGCUUGUGGUGCUGGGGUUAAAAAAGUAGCACCUUCCAAAAGGUUAUCCAGGAACUGGUGCGGUGUAAUGGCCAGCCAUGUGAGCUGCAAGUUGGGAAGUCUGUAUUACAAAUUUUCCCUGCAUCCCCAAGGUACUCUCAGGUAAGCUGUGCUCUUAGUCGGAGCCCCAUCUUCCACAGGUGGAGACUGAAAGGAAAAGAGCCUCGCUUCCUCCUCACCCUCUCUAUAUCUUCAGUUUUAUGAGAAGAACAAGAGGUCUAUCUAGGGCAGCCUUUCCCAAGCAGUGUGCCUCCAGAUGUUGGACCACAACUCCCAUCAGCCUCAGCCAGCAUUGCCAAUGGACAGGAAAGACAGGAGUUGUGGUCCAACAACAUCUGGAGGCCCACUGGUUGGGAAAGGCUGAGAUUCUAGCAGUUGGACGCUCAAAUCUUUUUCUAUCCUUAAAAAGGGAGGUCCACUAUUUAUACAUUUUUAAGAAGUGGUGUUUUAAUCUAUUUACUGCAUAGGUUUGCUGGGAGAAUAUUUGGGCAUUAAUAUACCAUUUAAUUUACCCAUUAGAUGGAAAGUUAAGGAUCUGGUGCUGCUGCAUCCAGCUUAUGUUGUCACUUGGACUGCUUAGCCUACUUUGGACCUGCUAAGGGGGAAAAGAACCACAAAGGAAAAAUAUUUGCCAUUUUGCUUGCAGCAUAAUAUCCACCUCAAAUAAAUGGGUGUAUGUGUCUGUCCCUUCUAAUUGAAAGAGGACUCUCAGCACCAUGUACAAAAAUGGUUCUAUAUAAAUAAUAAACUUAGGCAAUUGCCUGUCCAUAUCACUUGAGUAUCAGGUUCUGAAGCUGGUUAGCACUGAAUUCAAACUUUGAAAAACAUUUGCAGAUGGCCGUUGAAAUGCACUGUGAAGAUAAUCUGUGGCCAGCAUUUCCAGUGGGAAAAAUCCUGUGAUGAUCAAGGUGCAAUAUAAAACGGGACUGCAGUAUAGAUCCACAGGUGAAAACAUCCAGGCAGGAGAAAUGAAUUUAGCAGUUGCAGCUAAAUUCAAUAGCGUAAUCCUGAACUGUUGAUAACUGCUGUUUCCUAUUCUUGCUGUUGGAAUCACGUCAUGGUUGUGUGUGUAUGUAUAUUAUAUAUAAAAGGAUCUUCCUGCAGUAUUAA